AUGGACGACCCCAAUAGGCAACGGAGGCUUAAUGAUUCAGUCAGCCAGCAAAAUGUUCCCAAUUCCAGAUAUGCAUCUCAGUCCAGCCGGGCAGUGGCCGGCGCGGCUCAUGCUGAAAGGUUUCGAUCAGCACCGGUCAAUUCUCCACAAACGCCACGCGCCUUAGCUGGAAAUGCCGGCUACAGCAGCUAUUACCCAGACUCAAACACCCCAUUCCCUGCUACGAACAUACCUUCGACGGCUAUGGGGACGUACGGGUCCGAGUAUGCCCAUGAUGGAAGACUUGGAAACUACAACACAGCAGCAAUGAUGUACAAUGUUGCACAACCUAACUCACAAGCCCCUGUGUACGACGCACAGCAGUUUGGGUCACGGCAGACCGCGGCAAUGCAAAUGAUGCCGCCUGAUGUGGCAUCGACCUAUUUUGGUGCAGAUGCCGCCGCCAACCCAUCCGCCUCAGGAUUGCAACAACCAGCACACGGAGCCAGCUCCUCAGCCGGUGUAUAUCAACAAAGCCCUUCGAUGAACUACGCAAGCACCAUGCCAGGAGUCAGCGCUGUACAGCAGGCUGCGGCCAAUGCUGACGUCUCAAUCAACGAGGACACCAACACCAACAACGAGUUCUCCGAUGGUGCGCUAGAGGAGAAGUGGAUCAGCUAUCAGAGACAGUUGGGCAGCGUAUUCCAGGAUAUCUUGAGUGGGUCUCUGGAAAACGCCUCUGAGACACUCCUGACCAUCUCGGGCUGGCUGUUGUCGCAGGUGGUCGAUUUGGGGCUCACGCUAGACGACUCAAGCCUCCAUGCCGAUCGCUUGAAGCUUUGGAACGACUUCAACCACGCUUGGCUCGCCCUGGGGUCUCAGCAGAAAGAUCUCGCAGAGUCGGGCCGCCAGCUCUCUAGAACGCAAAGAUUAAUGAGCCAAGCCACGGUUGAAAAGCUCGGCAGCGAGCUGGUGCGGCUGUGCGACGGCCUGGAGCGCCAUGGCUUGGUAGAUUACCAAUAUGGCGUGUGGGAAGAUCAGAUUAUCGCAGUUCUUGAAGAGUGCUUAGAUCUCUUUGAAUCCGAGGAUAGAGCCGAUGCAAGCAUGGCCAGCCGAUAG